GAUCACUGACUAAAAUCAGGACAGAAAUCAUGCUGACUAUUCUUCUGAUUAUGGCAAUGAUUGGCCAAGGUCAAUCAUGGGACAGCCUUGGAACCAGCUUCAUAACAAUAUUCCCAGAGAACAUAGCCUUCUACUAUCCGCUUAGUCCAGUGAACGCUCUCAAUAUCACUGCUGUCCUUCCCGACACUGUGGUGGAAGUCUUUAUCUCAGGGCAGUUGCCUUACACAUACACACUACUAGAAGGACAGCCCCUAACUGUGACCUUCUCAGUGGGUAUUGAGGAAUACCAAUUUGGUGAAAUUUCUCAGACUGUCAGAAUCAGCAGCACAAAGAACAUUGUAGUGCAAUCAAUCAGCAAGAAAGGAGACAGUGUGCAAACUAAUGUCAUUCAGCCUUGGAAAAACCUUGGUACCGUUUAUACCAUCCCCUUGCUGAAUUACAGCCAGAUGAUCAAUACUUUUUAUCAAUCAGCAAGAAAUAUCAGCAAGAGAUACAACUCCUUCAGGCUGGUUAUUAUCAACGGAGAAGAUUUGAUUAAUAAUGUCAAAAUUGUAAAAAGGUCUAUAGAAGAGAUUUACACACUCAGUCCGUUCACCGCUCUCCAGCUUCAAACUGACGGGACAGAAACUAAGAUUUAUUCUGAUUAUAGAGUGGCUGUGAUGCUGACCCAUCCUUGUGUAGAGACGGAUGAAUGCAGAUGCAACAUGGUGCUGAACCAACUUUAUCCCGACGUUCAGGAGGAUAGCAGAUUUGUUGUACCCUCAAUACCCAACACCAGCAAAUUUUGGCUACAUGUGACGUCCUCAGUGGAAACCAGUGCCAGUGGUGGGGAUCUAGAAUCGAGUACUGUGGAUGCCUAUUCCUCAAAACUCCUGUCCCUUCCAUCUCUGCAGUUAGGAUCCCAGUUCAUCCACAUAUCGAAUCCUGCUUCCUUCAGGCUUGUCAGUCCAGGUAUCAUCAUUGAACCGAUCUCACAAUAUAGGUUCUCUGGGUGCUACCUAGUAACUGUCAGCUCGACAGAUGCCAAGGCCUUAAUCAUUGCAGAAACAUACUACAGGGAUAGUGUGUAUAUAGAUAAUGAUUUGCUUUUAUCCACUGAAUGGAGCACCAUCGCCAAUUCAGUGUACUCAUCGGUGUUAGUGUCUUUUGAUGACACACACGUCAUUUGGCAUCCAUCCACAAAGAUCGGCGUGUACGUGUUUGAGAAGAGCACAAAUGUGUAUGGAGGCCCGGCUAUAUCUUUAAGCGCAAAGCCAGACCCUUCAGGCUGUGCAGUUGUUCCUCCUGAGUUUGACAUCAUCGUCACGCCUCAAACCUGGCCUGAAUCCCAUCAGUACUGUAAGCUCAUAAGUGACGAGUUAUUCAGUCCCAGCAAUGAAGAUGCCCAAGCGGAGAUGGCCGACAUUCUGAAUAAUGAAGGUAUGAAUGAGAGGCUCUGGAUUGGCGUGCGUCGCAGUCUGAUGACGUUAGAUUGGUACCGGCAGAAAGGUAAAAGCUCACACAACUUGACAUACACUUGGUGGGGAACCGGAGAGCCAGGUGAUGCUGCAAAGGGCAUGUGUGCUUCGGUAUUCCCAAACCCAAGCAUGGAUUUCCUUUGGGAAACUACAAACUGUUGUACUAAAUUGAAAUCUAUCUGCUACACAAGGGCUCAGUACUUUACCAUCUCAAAAGAGACAGCUAAGCAUUCUAAUGCUUAAAAAAAUGAAGGUUAAUAAUAAAAACUGGCCAGGGAAAACAAGUUGCCACAAGUUUAUGGUAAAAAAGAGGUUGACUUUUUGUUUCUUUAUAGUUUACAAUUUAUAGCUGUAUACAUUAAAUGAUAUAUUGUUAAUAUGCAAACCUCAUUAACCCUCAUGUUGUGUUCAUUGGACUAAAACCUACUGAUUUUGCUCACACAGGGUAUAACAACUUCUUCAAAAAAAACAAUACAAAAAUAUAUAUACCCUCCACCUUGUAAUGUGUCCAGGUCGUUUGACCGAAAGCUUGGUAAUUAAAUUUGUGACAAGGAUUCAAGUGUGCAGACAGUUUAUUUUUUGAGAUUUUCAGUCUUGUUUGUCUGGCACCUUGGUGAUCGUGAGUGCGGUGUAACUCCUUCUAAAAAAUGUGUCCGGGUCUAAAAUGACCGGCCUAUAAAAAUUGCAUAUAAAUUUCUCGUUAUGCUUUAUGGAAUUCAAUUCUUUUAUCAACUUGUUUUCUUUCACUUAGCACAGGUUUUGAAUUUCUUUUUGGAACUGAUCGAUCAUAGGCCUCAUUGAUCUAAGUUUAUGAACCUCAGUUUUUGAAUGAAUAUUGCCCAAAUUAUCCACAAGUAAUGUGGAGGUGCAUAAACUUAAAGCCUGUGAUCAGUCGGUUCCAAAAAGAAAAAACAAGUUGACAAAAGAUUGAAUUCAGGUUUUGGUGAUAAUAUAGCUUAACAAGAGAUUUACAAGUAAUAUUUUAAAGGCUGGUCAUUUUUGAGCAUUUUUAACACAGCACAAGGGUUAAACCAAAAUAACUCUAGUUUAUGCUAGUAAAUAAGACAGAAUAAAGAUGUUAAAUCACAUAGAAGUAGACGUGAAGUUGUUUUGUCACAAAUACCUCCAGAAAGUUCACAUUGCUAUUAUAACCAUGAAUACUGUAUGCAGCCUAGAUCUUAUUCACAAUGUUCAUACUGUUUAUCUAGAAACAUGACUUUUUAAGCAUAGCAUUGUGUAUGAAGUUUUUUCUUUUUCCAAAUAAACUUUCAAACCACAAACCUUAUGCAUGCAUUGUUUUUCCUUUAAAUUUACAUUUAUGCAUUUAGCAGAUGCUUUCAUUCAAAGCGAC